AUCACUGCCAGUCAUAUUUAUAUUUUAAGCCCAUUUUACACAAUACAUACGACAUCCGUUGUGAGGUCUCAUGGGUAGGCUCUCAGUAUUACAUACAAAGGGCUAGAGUUCGGUUCUCGUGUUGAAAAAAAAACCCCUCUAUUAUCGAGUAUCUUCCUUCUCCUGGAUCUCUCUACUGCGAUGAACUAUCCAUCCAACAUGGCACAGUUUGGCCCUGCAUGGCAGACAAGGUUAAAGCAAUCUCAACCAAUAUUGUCUGUUUAGUGUUGAUUACAGUGUGAAACUUUCAAAUUUUAAGACGUCGAGCCAGCCGUAGAGUUGGUAAUUCAAACAUGCAGACAGAAGAGAGAGGUCACCACCACUGCAAGGCUUUAUGAACGUGACAGUAAAUACGGCGUGAGUGAAAGUGUUCGGAGUUCAAAUUUCUCUUCGACUCACAUUGGGAUUUUGCGUCCUUUAUGCUGAGUUAUUUGAGGUUCUGGACAAAAUAUUGUACGCUUGUGUUUGCUUUGCUUCUUUCGUUGAAAAACUCUGGCUCGAGAUGACAGUAUUUGGAAAAAGAAAAGUGUUGCUUUUUCUGUUCAUCGUGAACGAAAUUAGUAACUAGUGGCCUGGGUUUACAGCAGUUUCUAGACCUAGGUCUAGUAGGUUGAGCAAGUAAUUAUAAUAUUGAUUGUGAUUUCGGAUACGCCAGGAUAAUAUCCAAGGAAGGAGGUUCUUUUUCCGUGGCGUGUUUUCUGUCCAUCCAGCUUUUGUUGUAUAAAAGAGAGAAGAGAAAACCAACAACAAAUACAACACACACGAAUAGUUUGGUUUCGUAUCACAAACAAACGAACAAACAAACAAGCUCAUUGUGAUCCCAGAUUCCAGAUAAAAAUGGAAGACAAGAAACCUCUCGCAGAGAAACUGAUCCAGUUCCGAGGGAUCUGGUUAGCCAAAUACAUGGUCAAAGACUCGUUAAUCCGGGCCAUCAGCCAGGACUACUCCAGCAAGCCAGCCCGUCCGGCCAUGUUCGUUCUGUCGCCCUCAGGAGUGACGUUAAACGUUCUGCCCACAGUGGACGGUAAGCCUGGCAGAACGGUCAAAGUCUCCUUCGAGUCGCUCCGGGACAUCACGUCAAACAGAUACGCCCCUCGCUGCCUCCUGGUCGUGUGUCUGGACAACAAGAACAUGUUCAGCAUAAUGGUCUGCUCCGCGGAGCACGAGUCAGAUUGCAGAGAGUUGGCCGCUGCUUACACGGACUACCGCAAACUCCUGAUGCUGAACAGAUCUCAUCGAGAACGACAACUGCAGCAACAACAGCACUUGGGUGUCCACAACUGGACGCUCCGGCCAGGAGCUGGGGGUUCUAGGAGGCAGGUGGAAGACGAGGAGGGUCACUACAGCAGAAUCAGCAGCAGCAACUACAACCACAACCACACCAGCAACAGGCGAGGAACCAACAGCAGCGAGAUCUACGAGACGUUGGAUGGGAUGGGCGAGAGGCUUCUGUCCGACUCUAGCGUGGAGGGGGAAGUCUUUGUGGUGCCGGAGGUGAUUAUCCACCACGCCGAGGAGGAUCUGGAGAGAGAAGUUGCCAUGGCUGGGAGCGACAGCUACAACGUCGGCGUGCAG